GUCCAAGGCCCCCCUACUCCGUCUCCUGGCAGCCUGUGUCCCCGGCCUCGCCUAGACCAUCCGAGGGGAACAAGCCCCCUCCUGCGUGCACAGCCAUGAAUUUCCUCCGGCGGCGCCUCUCCGACAGCAGCUUUGUGGCCAACCUGCCCAACGGCUACAUGACAGACCUGCAGCGCCCGGACAGCUCCACCAGCUCGCCCGCGUCCCCGGCCACGGAGCGGAGGCACCCGCAGCCCCUGGCAGCCUCCUUCUCGUCGCCGGGCUCCAGCCUCUUCAGCUCCUUCUCCAGCGCCAUGAAGCCCACCUCGCAGGCCCCCGCGGGGCUGAUGGAGCCUCCAGGGCCCUCCACGCCGGUUGUGCAAAGGCCCAGGAUCCUGUUGGUGAUCGACGAUGCCCACACAGACUGGGCCAAGUAUUUCCACGGGAAGAAGGUGAAUGGAGAGAUUGAGAUCCGCGUGGAGCAGGCCGAAUUCUCGGAGUUGAACCUCGCUGCCUAUGUGACUGGGGGCUGUAUGGUGGACAUGCAGGUCGUGAGAAACGGGACCAAGGUGGUGAGGUCCUUCAAGCCCGACUUCCUCCUGGUCCGCCAGCACGCCUACAGCAUGGCCCUGGGCGAGGACUACCGCAGCCUGGUCAUCGGCCUCCAGUACGGAGGGCUGCCCGCCGUCAACUCCCUCUACUCCGUCUACAACUUCUGCAGCAAGCCCUGGGUGUUUUCUCAGCUCAUUAAGAUCUUCCAUUCCCUGGGUCCUGAGAAGUUCCCACUCGUGGAGCAGACGUUCUUUCCCAACCAUAAGCCAAUGCUCACAGCCCCGCACUUCCCCGUGGUGGUGAAGCUGGGACACGCCCACGCCGGAAUGGGAAAGAUCAAAGUGGAAAACCAGCAUGACUACCAGGACAUCACCAGCAUGGUGGCGAUGGCCAAAACCUACGCCACGACCGAGGCCUUCAUCGACUCCAAGUAUGACAUUCGCAUCCAGAAAAUUGGAUCCAACUACAAGGCUUACAUGAGAACCUCCAUCUCUGGGAACUGGAAGGCCAACACAGGCUCUGCCAUGCUGGAGCAGGUGGCCAUGACGGAGAGGUACCGGCUGUGGGUGGAUAGCUGCUCAGAAAUGUUCGGCGGCCUGGACAUCUGCGCGGUCAAGGCCGUCCACAGCAAGGAUGGCAGAGAUUACAUCAUCGAGGUGAUGGACAGCUCAAUGCCCCUGAUCGGAGAGCAUGUGGAAGAAGACAGACAGCUGAUGGCCGACCUCGUUGUCUCCAAAAUGAGCCAAUUCCUGAUGCCAGGGAGCACAGUGCCCUCACCCCUGAGGCCUUGGGCUCCGCAGAGUAAACCAGCAAAAUCCCCUGGGACAGCCCAACUGGGGCCUCCGCUGGGACAGCCCCAGCCACGCCCACCCACACAAGGGGGCCCUCGCCAAGCUCAGUCUCCUCAACCCCCAAGAUCUGGAAGCCCCUCCCAACAGAGGCUCUCCCCACAAGGCCAGCAGCCCCUAAGCCCCCAGGCCGGAUCCCCACAGCAGCAGAGAUCACCAGGCUCUCCACAGCUGUCUCGGGCAUCCAGCAGCGGCUCUCCAAACCAGGCCUCCAAGCCAGUCGCCACCCUCCCUUCACAGCCCCGGCCCCCUAUACAAGGCCGCAGCACCUCCCAACAGGGUGAAGAGUCCAAGAAGCCAGCACCACCCCACCCCCAUCUCAACAAAUCCCAGUCCCUGACUAACAGCCUCAGCACAUCUGACACUUCCCAGCGUGGGACCCCAAGCGAAGAUGAGGCCAAGGCCGAAACCAUCCGCAACCUGAGGAAGUCCUUCGCCAGCCUGUUCUCUGACUAACGGGGCCAGCCUGGGAGAGGGGGCUGUUACACCCUCCCCUCUCCUUCCUCAUCUCUGCCCUCUCAGCAGUGGUUCCUCAUGGGAACAGAAUGGAAGGCCUGAGAAUACACUUUCUAAAUGCCUUGACCCAGGAACUGAGUAUCUGUAGGUGUCCCCCCUUGCUUUCUCCUUGACAUUCUAGCUUUGUCCAGCUUUGAGAGCCUCCAGCUUCCUUGAAAUGGGGCUAAUGAUGGGCAUCACAUCACCCUGCCCCCAGAUGCUUGCUUCCCUGCCUCGGAUAACCAAGUGCAAUGUCUGUGUGUGGCUAGUUUUCACUUCUUGUUAGUGUUGUGCUUGCCUUUGGACAAAGGCCCCUCUAGGCCCUGCCACCUCCAUCCAAUGCAGACGCUUAGUAGGACCUCAGCAGUAUGGGUGGCAAUAAUCUAUCGAAAGUGUUUUGCAAACGAAAGAAAAGCCCAGCCAGGGGAACCUCAAACCUACCCAUGCUAGUUUCAUCCAGAGACCACGCCUCAGACCCAGAAAGCAAAUGCUCCAUCAUACCUGGCAACAGGUAGGUCUUGAUGACAAUGGAAAGAAACCAGAUCUGGUGUGACAAGAGGGGCCUUUCAGAACACAACAGAAACAGGGGAAGCUCUGGGAAGCUGCUCACGCCCAGAACAGACAGCCAAGGGCAGACCACAGGUUUUCAGGAAUCAUUUCUAGUUCCCAGAGGACGAUGCCCUCAACUUCCCAAGGAAGGAGGUCAGUUCUCCUCCACCCACUGUUACACCACCAGGAAUGCUCUGAAUUCCCACAGGAAUGCUGUCUACUCCUCAAGAAUAUAUGAGGAAGCAGAAUCUGCAGAUUAAUGUCACAGGAUCAGAAAAUGCAAGGAUAGUAACCGCUAGGUCGGCAUUUCACAAACUGAGCACCAAGUUGUUGGUAGGUUUCUCAAUUACAAGGGUCCCAUGGCCAAGCAUGUUGGGGAAACACCUUCUACAUUUUUUUGUGAUUGGUCGUACACAUUACAUGUCAAAGUUUCUUGGAAUUCCUACGUAAAGACAUUAGCUUCAACUGUGUUUAACCCAAACCUAUUGGACUGAGCACGGUGACUGCAGAGCUGGAGGAAGCAGUCCUAAAGCCUUUCUCAGUGCUCCUUCCCCGACCGCAGAAGGCCUCCCACGAUCAGAUGGGAGCAGGGCUGCCCCUAAUCACCAAGCACCUGGUGCUAAAACAUUGUAGGUGCUGGAACCAACCUCCUGGUCACCAAAAGAGCCCAGGAUAUUAGAACAGAGCCAUGUGAUCCCUUUCCAGCCCCCUUUGAGACAUGUCUUCCCCUCACUGUUCACAGAGAAGAGAGAGAGGGAGGUAAAAAUGCAAAAGUCCUUGGGUCAGAGCUACAUGCUGAGUAAAAGAGAGAGAAAACUUGUAGGGC